AUGCUACUCACAAGACAUCCACUACUGUUAAAUUGUGCCAGAAAAAUAUUUACUUCAAACAUAACAAAUAGGAUUAUUAAUAUCAAAGGUAAUGAUGAAUUCCUUUCAAAGGUCAUGAACUCUGAAAAUCCAGUGAUUGUUAACUUCCAUGCUGAAUGGUGUGAACCCUGCCAUAUCUUGACGCCCAAAAUGAAAGAACUGAUUGAACCGAUGACCAAUAUUGAUUUGGCAAUAGUAGAUGUAGAAAAUCACGCAGAACUAGUGCAUACUUUUGAAGUCAAGGCAGUUCCAGCUGUGAUAGCCGUUAGAAAUGGCCUUGUUGUUGAUAAAUUUAUUGGUUUAGUUGAUGCCACAAUGAUAGAGAAUUUGAUUAAAAAAUUAGGCCAAAAGUUGUAA